AAUUUCUCAGUCAAAAUCAGUUCUCAUCUCUGACUCCAGCAUCACUACCUCGCCAACAUGAAGUUUCUCAUCGCUCUCGUUGCUCUCGUGGCCGUGGCCUCCGCCGUCUACCCAAAGGUUGCUACCCACGUCAAGCCUUUCACCACCUUCAAGAACAAGGUUGUUGUGAACCAGGUCCCAACUGUUAACUACAGAAAGGUCCACGGCUUCAGAACCGUCAAGGUCCCAACUGUUAAUGUUGUCCCAGUCCACGGCUACAGAAGCGUUAAGAACGUCGUCUCAGUCCCAGUGAGAGGAUACACCGUCCAGCGUACCGUUGUUGGUGCUGGUUUAGGUGCUGGUUAUGGUGCCGGUUAUGGUGCUGGUUAUGGUGCCGGCUAUGGUUAUGAUGCUGGAUACGGUUACAACGCAGGAUACGGCUACGGUGCUGGAUAUGGUGCCGGAUACGGAUACAACGCUGGUUACGGCAAAUAUUAAACUGUCCCAAGAAUGCAUCAUUUGGUUCAAGAUCCAUAAAGGAGAUAUUUAAUGGAAAAUAAUUCCAAGAGAA